AUGGGCCGCGAACAUUCAUCCAGCAGCCGGCGCUCCAAGAGUCACAGCUCAAAACGCAAGACUUGCAAAGUUGAAUAUUGCAACCGAGAACGCAAGUCCACGAGGCACAACGGCGAGACGACCACGUACAAGUAUUGCGAGAAGCGCUCGGGGUAUGCGACGCCCCCCUAUGCAAGAUGCUGUGAGCAACCAUCAUCCACGCCUGUAUCCCCCAGUGAGAAAUGCAACUUCCGAGAUUGCAAUUGUGCCAUCAAUCCUCCAUCCAGCUUUUUCUGCCCGAGACAUGAACGAGUGACUUGGUGGAACUCCCGUCUCAAUUACUCACGCCCUCCUAUGCAACACAGCGCUCCCCCGUCCCCUCCGUGGUCUCCCCCGCAAGAUCCUGCAGACGGCACUAUACCAUCUGAACAUCCCACCGCUUCGAGCACCACCGCUUCAUACACGACCGAUGGUCGUCGUAAUUCUACUCAGAGCACUACUUCUGGCCAAAGUGCAUCCCAUCCAGCCACCACCACCGUCGCCGCUCCAGCCGAACCAACAAUGGAGUCAAGGGUCGAAACUGCCAGUUAUGUAGCUGACCAAGGAAAGCAUCAAAUGUGCGAUGAAAACGAUCGUCUACCGACCUUCUGGUCUGGUGUCAGCGUUGGAAUUUGUAUCCUGUUGCAGAUAAUCCAUGUCCUCAUGCGGCUGUUGCUGGAACUGGCGCAAGGAGUGGGCAAGCGUGGAAUGUGGUGA